AUGAUCUUCAUGGAAGCGGGUUGUUGCUCCAAGGGAAAGGUACCAGAUCUUGAUGUGGCUAUGGAUCACAAAGCUGAGGAUUGUAGUAACUCAUGCUUGUUUUUUUGUUUUGCUAAAACGGUUUCUGUUACAGCACUUUGGCUUUAUUAUGUAUUAAUAAUAACAAGCGAUGUUUGGACUUGCCUCUGCCAAGUUUGCUGCAUUCCUUCCUGCCACUAA